AUGUUCGGUUCAUCAAGUCCGCCCGUUGUCCCUGCUGUGAAGACCUUCGUCAGUGGCUUGAACCCGUGUGGUUACCAAGGCACCACCAUGAUCCAUCAUCCAUCAUCAUCCUUCCUCUUCUACCAGGCCAUGUUGGCAGCUCGGGGUCUUCACGUUAAUCUUUCGCUAAUAUCUCUUGUUUUAGUAAAUGAAAUACUUCAGUCUUGUACAAACAUGGAAUUUCGUUUUAUUGGCCGAAAUGUAAGAACACGGCAGCCGUUUAACGUCGCCGCCGCCGCCGUGGGAGAAAGAAGAUCCGACCCGGGGACCGGAAGCCCAUCAUCUCCGACGAUGAAAAAGCAACGGAAUCGAACGUCUGAGAAAAUCCUGGAUCUCACGCUCGAGAUCAUCUACCUGCUGACCGGACAGCAUUAUGCUCCAGUAAAGAAGCCAUGGGACACAGCAGCGCACAGCGGAGAUCCCUAUCUGUCCAGUGGAUCCCAAAACCCCGGGAGGGAGAUCCUGGACCUGACCAACAAGAUCAUCCAGCUGCUGACCGGAGAGGUGCCCAUGCGCUGUGAGGAUGUGGCCGUCUAUUUCUCCAUGGAGGAGUGGGAGUACAUCGAACGGCACAAGGAUCUUUGUAAAGAUGACACGAUGGGGGGGUACCGGCCCCUAGGAUCGUUGGGAGACCCGGUGGAAGCGGCGCGUGAACGGUUCCCUAUCUCUGCUUCUUCAGAAUAUAGAAGUGCGAGUCAAAGUGACGCCAGAAACCCCAGGUUGGAUUAUCCGCCGGUAACCGAGGUGCAGAAGAGAACGUUCGAGUGCGCAGAAUAUAAGGGGGACUAUUCAGAGUGUCGGACCGCUCAGGUUAACAAGGAGUCGGCUUCCUGCAACAUCAGCGUUCAUACACCGGCGACAGAACGGACAUCGAUUCGUAACGAGCCCCUUGGCUUACCGGGAGACAUGGAGAAAGCUCCACGCGAAUGGUUCCCUAUCUCUUCUUCUUCAGAAUGUAGACCUACAAGUCAAAGCGACACCAGAAACCCCAGGGCGGAUUAUCCGAUGGUAACCGAGCCGCAGAAGAGAGCGUUCGAGUGCGCAGGAGACUAUUCAGACUGCGGACCUAGUCACGUGAAUGCGACCUCCUUCAACAUGAACGUUCAUAGACCAGCGACAGAACGUACAUCGACUCAUACCCAGCACGAGCCGGUCCUCUGCGAAAUAAAAAACCACCUGAUUUGCUCCCACAGAGAGCAUUCUCCGUCAGAUGAUAUGUUCAUCCGCAUCGUGGACGUUAAAAGCGUAGCAGACGCCGGCGUGCACACGCACACGGAACACGCGCCGGCAGAGGAUUCCGCCCAUCAGGACAGCGAGAACCGCUUCUCGUGCUUCGAAUGCGGGAAAGGUUUCGCCGAGGCCAGACAUCUCGUGGAACAUCGAAAGAGUCACUCGGAGACCAAGCCCUUCUCGUGUUUUGAGUGCGCAGAGCGCUUCGCCGACAAACCCAGUCUCUUUAGACAUCAGCUGGGUCACACCAAGGAGAGAGAUUUCACCUGCCCGGAGUGCAACAGAACCUUUCUCUACGAGUCCAGAUUCAGCCGGCACCAGAAGGUCCACCUGACCAAGACGCCAAUGAAGGCGUCCGACUGCAUAAACUGUUACACCCAUUACAUGCGUCUGUCCAAACAUAAGCCCUUCUCGUGUUUCGAGUGCGAGGAGCGAUUCGCCGACCAAUCGGGUCUCAUCAGGCAUCAGUUCAUUCACGUCCAGCAGAAAGAAUACCCGUGCCCGGAUUGCGGGAAGAUCUUUCCGUACGAAGCGGCUCUCACAAAGCACCAGCGGGUCCAUACGAAGAAGAAGAAAACACACGUGUGCCCCGAGUGCGGGGCGAGUUUCACCAAGAAAGGCAACCUCCUUCAACACCAGUGGAUCCACACGGGAGUGAAGCCGUUUCAGUGCGCGUGCGGAAAACGUUUCGCCUAUCGGGCGUCCCUGAGCAUCCAUCGCAGGGUCCACAAGAAAGAGAGGAGCGAGAAGAAUGGUCUAUGAGGCUGAUGGACUGAGGGGUGGGGGUGGGGCUUCUGGAUUGUGUGAGUAGCACUAGUGCGGCCAUCUUUGUCCUUUCACUAUCCUUGUACGCUUGCUGAUUCUCCCUGCCCCGCUCGUACAAUGAAUACAUUACUCGGCUCUAAGAAUGGUCGGACCCGCCAGGAGAAGGCAAAGGCACUUGGUGGCAGCGGUGGGAUACCAGCAUUAUAAAGAAGGUAUUAUAUGUACUGGUUGCGAGAAGAUGGGGGAGGGGAAAUGUAGGACGAGUCCUCACCUGUUGCUUCUGUAAGUCAAAUUGUUAUGUUAUAUACUCCGUGUUCUGUCCUGUCUACCUUUUGUACGGCGCUAUGGAGUUUGAUGGAGCUAUAUUACGAACAAUAAAUGAUAAUUACUUGCGCA